UAAAAAUAUUACUUUAUUAUACAAGUUAUUCACAGUCUUUUAAAUGAAAAAGGUAUUCGCAAAUAUUUGUUAUCAUGUCCUCAUAUUGUAAUGUUUGUAGAAUUUGCUUAACUGUAUGUUGCGAUUUUAUGGAUAUCAUUGAAUUUGCACCAGCCAUAAUGGAGUGUGCUCCCAUCAAGAUUAUUCCAAACGAUGGUUAUCCGUCUGUAAUAUGUGAAGUAUGCUUAGAUAAACUUCAGGCUGCUCAACAUUUUCGAGUUUUGUGCAUUCAGUCAGAUAUCAUAUUAAGGCAAUCGAAUGAUGAAGUUACAAUUGGAAUGCCCAACGGCUUAGAACACGAUACAAAUUCAGAAACAUCACAAGAAGAUCGUGAUGAUAAGUACAGUCAUUUUUUGAGCUGUGAAAUUGAAUAUGAACCUGAAAUUUUACAAUGUGAUACGAUUAUAAUCGAUGAUGAUGACUCAAAUUCUAAAGAUGAUAUUACAGAAGUAAAUGUAAAAAAUGAUAAUAAUGAAAAAAAUGAUAUAUCACUACUACCUAAAGAUUCUACAUCAGAUAACAAAGAAAAUAAUAUAAAAAAGGAAUUACAUAAAAUAUUUAAAUGUAAAAAAUGUGGGCAGACAUUUAAAACAAAAUUUAAAUUCAGAAAACAUCAUAAAAAACUUCAUUUGAAAGCAAUUCCAUCAAAAAAAUGUAAAAUAUGUUCUCGACCUAUUAAAACAUUAAAGAACAUAUCAACGGCAAAUACAAUACAACGAUCUAAUUAUAAAAAUUAUUUCUGA